UAAUCCAGUUACUUAUAGUCUGAUACAGUUCGUUAUAUAUUGUGCUCGACAAAUAGUUAAAUUGAUAUUUUCCAUUAAAUUGAAGGAUACUUUAAUAAAUGAUGUUCAAGAAUAAGUAUAUAUUAAUUCACCUCUAAUUAUAUAAAACCAUAAUACCUGUCUCACACACCUCUUGACUAUUGCAAUUUCACACACACACACACACAAUUAAAUCUCUGGUUUCUAGAUUUGGAAACCGAUCAGCAUUCAUCCGCAAGUCUCAGUGAUGGCAGCGACCAAAGCCGCGCCGCUCCGGCUGAUUGCGGCGGCUCUGCUCGUCACCGCAGCUGCGGCGGCGGACGCUUACACCAACCACACUGUGGGCGGCGACGCCGGCUGGUUCUUCGACUCCACCGCCAAUAAGACCUCCGCUGACUACGCUGCUUGGGCUGCUAAUACCACGUUCAAUCUCGGAGACUAUCUGAUUUUCAACACAAACACAAACCAAACUGUGAUCCAGACCUUCAACAAGACGACGUACGGUAGCUGCAUCACCGAUGAUGCUUUGGACAGCGAUACGUUUCAGUACGAUGGCGGCAGCAACGAGUUUGGAAGCGCCAUGACCAUAGGCGUGGCGCUGACCAUCGAGGGGACCCAAUACUACUUCUCAGAUGCUGAUGACGGGGAGCAGUGCCAACACGGGAUGGCCUUCGAGAUCAAGGUGGGACACGGGUUGGGGCUCCCACCGAGCCUCAACCAACCACCUCCUCCGGCCUAUGUCCCGCCACCGGGCGAGGACGAGGGGCAGUCGCCACCUGCUACGGUGGCGAACACACCUCCUACUUCCUCCAAUCAUGCUACCAUGGCUGGUGCUAGCUUCCUUGCUUCUGCGCUGCUUCUUGUUUUGAUCUCAUUUGUGGGAUGCUAAUGCUGAUGGUAUACUGCUUCGUCGUGCUAGAGAUUCAAGAUUUUUUUUAUUUUAUAUUUUAGGGUCUCUGAAUAAAUUUUGUUUUUGGUGUUUGAAUACACAGCACAAGAGAAAGAGAAGAUGAUCAACUUUGUUUUUGGUUUUUUUUUUCUUAAACUGGGGAAAUCAUGUACUUGUAGACUUUUAGACCGGUAACUAUUUGAAAAUUAAUUUUAUUACUUUUAUUAA